CCAUAAAUGGCAUAAAGAACAUGCUCCCAGAAGACCAAGGUCACUUCUGAAUGGGAAAACCAGGGAGGAAGUGGUAUUCAAGCUGGUCUUAAAGGAGAUGUGGAACUUCUAUAGGCAUAAAUGUGGGACUGUGGUAGGAGUAGGUAUUCCUGAAGGAAGAAACAGCAUGAGCAAAGAUGGCAGCGGGCACAGGGAAUCACCAGCUCCAUCUCUUGCUAUCUUGGGUACGGCAGAGAGGGAUUCCUUAAGCUGGGGUCCAUGGAGCUUUGAGAAGUCUGAGAAUUCCCUGACGGUGCAAAAUUAUGUUUAUGCAUGAAUGUGCACUUUUCUGGAGAGGGGCCCAGCUCUCUUUCAAUUCUCUGAAGGAUCUAGGGCCGAGAAAAUGUUAAAAAACAGUACUCCAAAUCUCCCGAAUUAGAAUUUACAGGUGGGUUGAGGCAUCUGUCGUUUAUUUUAUUUAUUUUAUUUUUUUAUUUCUUUCAAGAACUGUCCGGUGCACACACCUCGGAUCUCUAGACAGGCCCAAGGAGACCUUGAAAUGCUAGCUCACAGGGCUUCCCUCCCUUUGCCCACCCUUGAUCCCACCACCUCCAUUUUAUGAGUAGUCACCACCCUCACCAGUCUCCACUGCCCUGAGAGAAAUAAGGGAGGCAAGGUCAGAGAAGCAGAGGGGAAACUCAGGGACUUAUGCAAAGACUCUGGAAUCUCCCUCAGAGAUGGGGUGGGUGGGAGCCUUUCCGCCCUAAGGCCGGAGGUCAGAACGGCCUGCGGGGUCCUCCGCCCCACUGCAAACCCACGGUCAAAUUCUGGGAAUUUCCAAACCAGUCGGCGGUGCUGCGGCAGAUCUUCCCGGACGUCAGCGUGCGGUGCCGGCCGUGGCCGGUGGGUGGCGCGGCGCCGGGCGCCGAGCGUGGGAAGCGCGGGCGCGCGGGCGGGCUGAGCUCACACACCCGGGAAGCGGCCACGGCAGAGCCGGAGUCCGCAGCGGCUGCGCAUCUCGCGCCUCCCGCGGGGCGCUCAGGGGGCGCCGAGGAGGUUGUGCGGUCCCCUGGGAGGGAUGCGGACGCCGGAGAGGAACGGCAAAUGACAGAGCAGAGGCAAGGCUGGCCCAGCCAAUCCUGGAGCCGCUGCAGCACUGGUUCCCCAAACAAACACAUUCUGGUGCAAGGACAGAGAGCAGGGGGCUGCUGGCCCACACCCCUCCCCUGCCCUUGGCCCCCUUGCUGCUCCCCUGUGAGAAGGGCAGCUGGACAGAGGCUGCCUUGGGCCAGGGUGGUGAUGGUGCUGUGGCCCCUCCCUGCUGCCCAGCGUGGGAAGAAGAAUGCAGAGCCAGCUGGAAGGGAGGAGGCUGGCAGCGAGAGGAGGGAGCAGACGACCCCGAAUAGCAAAGGAGACAGAAGCUAAGCACACCCAGAGCUGCUUUUAGCUGGUAAUGGUAAGCCUGGCUCUAGGGGCCUUACUUCUCACCUCCCCUACACACAUUCUCCCCAGAGGCCGGGCCUGUGACUGUCCUCAUCAAAGAAAAAAGUGAAAAGGUCUUCAUCAGAAAUCCUUUCUAAAUACCUUUCAGUUUAGGGUGACCCCAGACUGCACGGGUUUACACGAAUGUUUAGACAAGUGCACUGACUUGGAGAAACAUUCGUUUACUACAGAUUUAUUACGGAUCUCUUCUGGGUUGGGCAUUGUGUGAAGCUUGGAGGAUACAGAGGUAAAUAAAGGAUUCACAGUGUGGUCUGGAAGGUGUAUGGGCAGUUGAACCAAUUUUAGUAGAACCUGUGCUAGAUCAUAAGCUUCAGGUGAGCACAUCUGUGUGUGUCGUGUUCACCGCCGUGGCCCCGUGUGGGGUCCUGUGCUCGGCACAUGGCAGGCACACACAUGUUUAACUGGCUGACGCAUCCCUGUUUGGUGUGUGUCCUGGAAAUGUGCAGGAGGGAUCUGAGGAGGUAAGUGGAGCAAGAGAGGAGCUCACGGCAGCGUGUGUGACAAAUCUGGGCAAAGGAUGGACAUACCUGGACGGACUGGUUAUGCGAGUGCUGUUAAGGAGAAAGGAUGUAGAACGGUUGACCGUGUGGGAAUGAGAGACACCGUUGGCCUUAGGACAAUGAGAAAGGAGGAGAAUGACCUGGUACAAAGAGGUGGGUAACCAGCCCCACAUCACUGGAUAAAGCCAGGGGCUGGGGAAGAAAGAAGCCAGCCAGUGGCAGGGAAGGUAAGAUUGAGUCGGGAGAGCAGAAACCAGCAUGAGAGGAAGCCUGGAGGCGUCUCAGGCCCAGGGUGGAAGCAGAGCUGAAGCAGGUGAGUCCCAGGUGAAGAUGAUGACAGUGACUGUCAGCUCUGUCCUGCAGGUCUCCUCCGAAAUGACCAUGUCCAGGUAUGACCCAGAAUACCACAUUUCCCUGCACUGGGGCAGACACAAGGAAAUUAAGUGGAGUUUGAGAUUAUGGCUAUUCUCCUUUCUAAAAUUCUUACUAUGGAAAUUUUCACAUAUCUAUGACGGUAGAGAGAGUAGAAGAAACUUCAGUGUUCCCGUCACUCAGUUUUAUCUUGUAAUCAACACAUGCCCCUUUUGUUUCAUUUGUACAUUCAUCGACCUUAUUCCUUACUCCCUUCUUGGAUUAUUUUACAGCAGAUCCAAGACAUCAUAUUUCAUCCCUAAAUACUUCAUGAUGAAUCGCUAAAAACGAAAUACAUUUUAAAAAACACAAUCCCAGUAGUAGUAUCACCCCCUGCAAAAGCACCGUUACUCUUAAUGUCACCAGUCAUCCAUUCAGUUACGUUUCCCUUGCUUGUUGCCAUUUUUUUUUUUUAAAUAGUUGGUUUUGUUUGAAUCAGCCUCCAAACAAGAUCCCCGUGUUUCAUUUAGUUCAUGAUUGAUCUCAGCGUCUCUGUUAAUAAAGAUUAUGCUCAUUCUGAAAAGAAUGAUGCUUUGCAAUUCUACCUUUUAGAUUUACUUAGCUGCCGCCUCUCUGUCUCCACUCAGCUGCCAUCCAAAGCUUUCCUGAGUUUUGUUGAACCAUUUGGCGAUUUUUGAGCAUUCUUCGUUAUUCCUCAUCUUUGUGGUUUAACGUAACUAGUCGUUUUUACCUUCCUUCAAUAAAUACUUCUCGGGAGCCUCCCAUGUGUCAGGCACUGUACCAGGCACUGGGCAUACUGCCGUGAAAAGACAGGCUGGGCCCUGCUCUCAAGGAGCUUACAGUCUGACCACGUGAGAGCUGUUGUGGGUCUGCUUGUUGUCCCCCACCCCAUGUUCAUCCCAGCCAAGUCGGGUGACCAUGACCAUCACUUCUGUGCUGACACGUUUGCCGCGUCCUAGGGCUUGGUAUUCAUGUUCUCAUGCUGUCCUUUCAUGUGGUUGAUAAGUGGUGUCCUCGGUACUGAUGGCGAAGCCAGGUGUGGUUUCUGUGGCAUGUCCCUGUUUCAUAGGUGUGCCCACGGAUUCUAGCAGUGUCACCAAGUGACUUUGCGUGUGUCCAUGUGACACUCUUGGGCUUGAGCCUUUAUAACUAGGCGAGUUCACGUGGAGAGCUUGCUUAACUGGCAGACUGUAGAGGGGUUGAGUAAAAACAUCUGGAAGGUGCUCAGAACUGUUAAAGAGCUCAGCGCAUGCCAUGGUGCUGGCAUGUUCUUUGAGCAGGCCGGAUGUUUCUGUGUGUUUGUGGACUUCCGGUUGCUUUGGGGCUUUUGCCCAUAAUGAUUAGGCUACCUGCCUAAUUAGGCCUGCUUUCUCGAACUGCUGUAUUUUUGCCAAGCAGUACGGUACUGGGUGACUGCCGCCUCAGUAGCAGAAUCUAAUGGUACAAUUCAGGCCUGUCUUGUUAAUAAGGCAUUUCACUGAUUUGCAUUUCUCUGUGAAUAAAUAAUCAGACUUAUUUGGACACUGUGACUUUUGAUUUUGAGAGUGGUCCGUGAUUCUUAUUGUAUUUUUCCAGUGCAAAUGCAGCUAUAUUGCAGUUCCUGGAUUAUAGUGUCUGAGCCUUUUAACAGAAAAUCUUAGUUAAUAAAAAUGAGUAUAUUCCUAGAUACAAAGACUAGUAUUCUUUCACCUUUCCUAGGUCUUUUAUUAUAUAGUUAAGAUAAUAAUACAGAAUAUAUGAAUAUGUCAUGAUAUACAUGUCCUGUUACUGAAGGCUACAUAGUUUAGAGUUCGGUGUUAUGUUUUUAUUUUCUUCUAAUUACGUAAUCUUUAAUUAUUUUGAUUAUGCACCGGUGUUGGUUAAAACUUUCGAACAAGUUUCCUUGUGUGUUUGUGUGCGCGCGUGUAUGUAUACAGCAUCGCCGUGCUAAUACAUUAUAUACAUUACAAAACACAAAAAGUUAAAAAUAGCUGGAUGUAUUGUAUUUCUGUCUGCACUACUUAUGGUCCUGUGGGAGCCCCUCUUGUUUGCACUAAAUUUCACCCUGAGACGUAUUCAGGACGUCGCUCCAGCACCUCCCUCUCCUUCUUGCAUCACCAUUUCUCCCCUCUCUCCUGGAUCAUUUCCAUAUGCUGCUGUUUGUCUCAUCUUAAAAAAGGCCUUCUUUGACCUCACCUCUUCUAGCUGCUGCCCGUUUCUCUGCCCCAAAGAGUUUCCAGUCCUUGCUCCCUUCACUUCCUCUGUCAGACCCCUCCAGUCAGGCUAGUCCCAGCCACUCUGGACAUCAGCGCUCUUGCCAAGGCCAGCGGUGACCUCCAUAUUACUAAGUCUAGUGGUCCCUCCCUGGUCUUCAUCGAAGUAGCUUCAGCGAUAUUGGCACAGCUGGUCAUACCCUUUUUCUUGAAGCUCUUUCUUCACUUGACUUCCAGGAUAUAUAUUUCUGGUUUUCCACCUGUCUCAUUGGCUGUCCCUCCUCAGCAUCUCGUCUCCCUGACUUCUGAAUGUUAGAAGGGCUGGGGCACCUGCUGUCUAUCGUCUUCUUUGUCUUCGUGAUCCUCUCCCAACUCAUGACUUUACAUACCACCUGUAUGGAUGUUGUCUAGAAUUCACUUCAGAGUAAUCCCGCGAGAUAAACAAGACUGACCAUGAGUUGAUAAUGGUUGAAGCUGGCUGGUGGAUACCUGGGGGUUUAUUCUGCUGCUCUCUCUAGUUGUGUUUAUGUUUGAAAUUUUCCAUAAUGAAAAGUUAGAAAAAAAUCUACAUGCUGAUGACCCCCAGUUAUUUUUCUCAAGCCCAGCUCAAGCUCCUGAAGUACAGUCCUAUGUGUCUGUCUGCCUACUUAACAUUUCAACUUGAAUGUUAAUAGACGUUUCAUACUUAACAUGCCCAAAACUGAACUUCUGAUUUUUCGAUGCAAAUAUCUUCUUCCUUCAGUCUCCCAUCUUGGCUAUGAGAAUGCCAGCCUUCCCGUUGCUCAUCCAAAAUGCCUAUGGUCAUGCUUCACUUCUCUCUUCUAUGUCCUUCAUUCAGUCCAUCAAAAAAAUCUUGUUGACUCUACCUGCAAAAUAUACGUAGACUAUGACUAGUCAGAACUGCUUCCACUGCCAUCACCACGGUCCAAGCCACCAUCAUCUCUCGCCUGCUUCUCCUUUGCCCCUUACAGGCUGUAGUCCUCACAGUAGUCAGAAAGAUCCCACGAGACAUAAGUCACAUCAUGCCUGCCACGCUCAAAACCCUGCUGUGGCUUCUUUCCGCACUCAGUGAAAGCCAUGGUUGGAGUGGUCUGCAAAGACCCUGCAGCCUGUGAACACUGUCCAAUAGAAAUAUAAUGAAUUACACAGGACCACCACAUGUGUAAUUUAACAAUUUCUGGUAGCUAAAUUUAAAAGGAAAAGGAAGUAGGUGAAAUUAAUUUUAAUAAUCUAACCCAGUAUGUCAAAACUGUUUUCAUUUUUGAUGUGUAUUUCGUUGUUCUUUUUGUACUACGUCACGCCCAUAGCACGUGGCAGUUUGGACCAGCUACAUUUCAUACGCUCAGCAGCCUCAUGUGCCCAGUGGCUGCCUUAUUGGGGUUGCAGGCCUACCUAGUCUGGCCCCACUUGGCUUCUGUGUCCUUCCCUCCUACUGCUCUUAGCUUCUUUCACUCUGCUCCAGCCACACUGGCCUCCUUGCUGUUCCUCAGAUAAAUCAGGCAUUUCCGGUGUUAGGGCCUUUACACCUCCUGUUCCCUCUGUUUGGAAUACUUUCCCCCAGGGAGCCCCGUAGCUGACUCUCGCUUCCUUUGGGUCUGUGCUCAGAUACUACCUUCUCAGUGUCCUGCCUACCCACACGCGCUUGCUAGCAUUUCCUGCGUCUCUUCCCUGCAGUGUUUUUUUCUCCAUAGCACCAUCACCGUUUAACAUAACUGUGCACUUCCGUUACUUCAUAGAUUUUCUCUCUCUCCCCACUGGAAUGUGAGCUCCAUGAGGGCAGGGGUUUUUGUCUGUGUUCGCUGCUGUAUUUCCAGAGCAUGGGACAGCGCCUGGCACAUCUAAGAGGUGGAUUGAUGUUGCUGAGGAAUUAAAUGAAAUGUAUUAUUAAGAAUGAUUCUUUUUUAGUAAGAACCAUGCAAUUGAGUGUAUUUUAUUGUUUCAGAAUAUCAUGGGUCAUAUUUUGCAACGUGGCAGUUUGAAGGUCUGGUUCAUGUCACGGUGUUUUGAAAGAGUCCUCUCUAUAAAGAUGUUAUUGUGGCUUCAACUUAUAAUUUAAAUGGGUUUAAGACCCCUGAAAUACUGUAUUUCGUUCACUUCAUUGAGAGAUUUGAAAACAAGUUAGUGUAUCCUGUCUUAUGGGUGUCCACAGAUACAAGGUUUUAGAGACAACGUCUUUCUGUCAAAUUUGGUAAUAUCAUCAUGUAAUGGUGGAAAUGAUUUCCAAAUGCCAGUUUUUGAAAUGCUCUUUCCGUGACAUAAGUCUCUUUCAAAAAGUAAAGGCUUUCUUACCCAUUUUUAAAAUGUCACUUUACUUAAAGGGACAGAUUAAAUACUCAUUUGUUUGUUUAAAAAAUAGUCAUUAAUCGGCAUUCUCCUGAUAGGCACUCAUUACAGAAGAAGUCAGCAAAUUUUGCAACCUUGUUUUCCAGUUUAAAAAGAAAUAUAAUUACUGUUUAAGUUGAGCCACUCUUUCAGGUCUUCCACCAUGAGAUGAUCAUGGCAGUGUGGUCCAGUGCUUUGCAGAUCCCACCCUCUCAUUGCAAAGGAGUCAUUUAUUGUAUUGAAGAGGAUAUCCUUAAAGUUGCUUGUCUGGGCACAUGUAAACCGCACUCAGGUACGCAGACAACUGGGCUGCCCUUGUCCAUCCUUUGGUGUUUUGUGUCUCCUACCUGGACCCAGGAUGCAAAGGUGGUGGCACCAGCGUGUUGUGAGUUAGGAGGUAGGUGGUUGUGCUCAGAAGCUGCUCUGGAGGUGAGCAUAGCAGGGAUUGCUGGAAGAGAUGGCCAAGGUAGCUAGGGUAGCCGGCUGUCUUCUUCUUUUUUUUUUUUAAUUGAAGUAUAGUUGAUUUACAGUGUUGUGUUAAUUUCUGCUGUACAGCAAAGUGA